UAUAUAAAAUUCUGAUCAGUUUCGUUGCGGACGCGGAUCAGUGCUAACGUUAAAAUGGCCAACAGGUUACUGUUGUGUCUUGUGUUAGUAUGUGUGUUGACGGACUAUUCAAUAUGUGGAAGAUUUUCAUCUAGAAGUCGAAGCAGCGGAGGUUCCCGGUCGGGGUCAAGUUGGAGUUGGGGAGGAAGAUCAAGUUCAGCAAGUAAACCAUCAAGCUCUAGUUCGAGGCAUUCUUAUCCCACAUCUGGCUCAUCUAGUUUAUCGGGAUCUGGAUCCAAUUCGCAUAAGUACCCGUAUUCAUCUGGAUCAUCCAGUUUAUCGGGAUCUGGACUCGGUUCGCACAAUUACCCCUCUUCUUUUUCUGGAUUAUCCGGAUUAUCGGGAUCAUCAUCAGGAGGAAAACCAGCGUUUUCAGGCUCGGGAUCAGCCAAUAGAUAUCCCCCUUCACCGGGUUUAUCAGGUUCUGGAUCAGGAAGUAGCCGAUAUCCACCUUCAUCGGGCUUAUCGGGUUCUGGAUCAGGAAGUAACAAAUAUCCUUCUUCACCGGGUUUAUCAGGUUCUGGAUCAGGACGUAAUAAUUAUCCACCAUCUCAUGGACUUUCCGGUGUUAGAAUACCAGGAAGCCAAGCUAAUCCAACAAAUGUUGCUACGCAUCAUCGUCCGAUAUCAUCGUCUUCCGACUAUUCAGGAUCGUUUAUCCAAAAGUCGAAACACCGCUACCCAAGUGCAAAUAUGAAUCCACCGCACAGUUCUGUUUACACAAACACGCAUGGAGGAAUUGGAUCCGGGUAUGGUUAUAAUUCGCAUAAUUACUAUAAUAGCUAUGCUUCUUCACCCCAGCAUAUCUAUAUAACUGAGUAUCGAAAUUCUGACAGUCGAUAUAGUGAUAUAUUAACUGGAUUGGCUUUGUAUAAUCUCGGCCGUUCUCACAAUCAAUUUAAUCAUCACUACUAUAACGAUGAUUAUUACACACGAAGGUAUUAUUCAACAGGAAGUUCCCAUCCAUCAAAUGAAAGACCAAUAGACGAAGCAUACUGCACAUUAAGAAUUAAAGAAAAUAAUAAACUCGAGGUGCUUAAAAUACCUUGUGAGAUUGUUUCUACAUUUACGGAAGGAAGUAAAAAAUUGUCACCUGGUACAGAAACUAGAACUGUGUGUGUAUCUAAUCAUACCGUAAUAAAUAAUACUCAAUUACCUACUGUCACUACUACUUCAACCACAAAACCAUUGAGUUAUGUAUCGACUACAUUAUCGCCAAAUAAUAUAACCACCAUACCAGCAUUGCCUGCAAAUAAAUCAACACACGAAAAAGAUUUGGGUAUCAUACCUCUAAAUGCAACAAAUGUGCCAGUCCAAGUUGAAAUAUCAAAUCCGUCAACGAUUGUCGCUCCUACAUCAAUAACAGAAUCGACUCCAGCUUCUAAUAUAUCUACUAUUUCUACUAAUUCAACAACAACUUUAACUACAUUAAAUAACACCAUAUCAACUAGCCAACAAGAUAUAAUAUCUUCCUCAACAGCUAAGCCUUUGAAUGCGGUAAAUAAUACGACUUUGCCUAAUCCUGUAACAUCGAAUAUCACUAUGAUAAAUUCGACCAAGUGUACCACAACAACAGAUCCUUUGACUGUAAAAGGACCUCCUUUGAACCCAACAAAUAUGGAGUGUGAAGUGGAAAUUGUUACUAAAACAAAUCGUCUUAGAACAAAAGUAGAUUGCAAUAUUUUAACACAAUACUCGAAGAUGCCGGAACCGCCUAAGAAGGAGAGCCUAAUUUUGCCUUCGAGAAAUAAAUUAAAGUCAUGGCUUGCCAAUCCUCCAUGGUGGAUGUCAAUAUUCAUAGCGUUAUAAAUUUAAGAUAUAAGUUCAAUUUAAAGUUUCUCUUAUUUAUAAUUUAGUUAUUUAGCUGCUAUUAAUAAAUUAAGACGUUAGAAUUAGUGAGGUUUUUAGUAUGUGUUUUAAUAAAUUACCAAAGUUUAGUGAAAUGUAUUUUGAAAUUUGCGUUUUAGAUUAUAAUGUUGAAAUUAGCAAAAUAAGUUAUCGAUGUUAUUGUUUUUUCCUAGAAAUAAUAAUAUCUGGACAUAGAAAAUAACUAAGUGUAAUAAAGUUAUGGGCUCUCCUGGAUGUGUUGAGCAGGCUUGAUAGUUAUGAAUUUAGUUUAAAGUCUUCGCAAUAUCAUGUGUUUUAAAUGGCAACAUUUUUUACGCUGCAUUAUUAUUGCAUCGAUUUUUGAUAGUAUCCACUAUUUUAAAUCAACUCAAUUGAAAUCAACAUCAAUUUGAUUAAAUUUUUUAUUGAUGGCAGCCCUGACAAAUAGUAAUUAUAACUUAUUAAUACAUUGUUACGUAAUGUGUUUAUGGUAACGAAAAUGUUGUUCUGUUAAACAAUAAUUAGAUUUAAUGCGUAUCAAUUAAAAGACAUUUUAUCUUAUUUAUGAGUAUAUAAGUACAAUAUCUUAGAAGCAAUAACUUCUAUAUUAUAGAAGUGUAGACUAAAUGUAUUGAAAGGUUAGUGCCAUAUGUUGGUGAGAUGUAAAAAAACAAUGAUAGACACAAAAUAGUAUUACGACUGACACUCAAAACCAUUCCAUGCCAAUUGUAAUAAAAGUUACAGUAGGAAGAGAUACCGUAAUUACUCAUUUGUAUCAAUAAAAUGAUCCAUCAUCCACCACAAAUUGUUAUAUUAUUAUUAUUAAUUGUUUUUGGGUU